GCUUAGAGAUAUUGCCCUGUCAUCUUGUGGCUACUAUUUUAGCUUUUUAUUUCCCCUUCCAAGACAGUCCUGCUGAUAUACAGGGAGCCAAGGUGUAUGUCAAUUACAUGCCGUUUUCAGGAGAUAUAGAUGCUCGAAUCGCACUCUCUAAAUCCUUUUAGAACCUUAUUUACUUCUUCCAUCUUCUGGACAGCUCGUUAGCCAUCAACCUUUAAAUCUGUCAAUCAUUAACAGAGCUUCCAUCGCAGCUAGAUUAAGCCUCCCCAAACCAACCUUGUUCUAGCAACUUUGUUUGCACAUCAACUCCAAAAUGCUUUCCAAUCCCCUUCAUCGUUUCUCGGCGUAUAAUACUAUGCCCUCGAACAAUAUGUUGUCUAACGGACACUUACCGUCCAGUCAUAUGCACACUUCAGGCUUAGACACUCUUGCUCAUGGCUCACAAUAUGCUAUCUCACAGCUUCACCAACAGCAAGUGGACAUUCGUCAAAACUCACAGAGUCACAGAAAUGCUACUUCAAAACAUCGUCAGCAUCCUUAUGCAAUGGGAAUGCCAGGAGGCAACGCUACACCUGCCAGAGCGACCGGGAAUUCUGGACCAAUUCGAAGAAGAAUUAGCAGAGCUUGCGAUCAGUGUAAUCAACUCAGGACUAAAUGCGAUGGUCAAAGUCCCUGCGCUCAUUGUGUCGAAUUUGGACUAGGAUGCGAGUAUAUUCGUGAACGAAAAAAGCGAGGAAAAGCUUCCCGAAAAGAUCUUGCACAACAAGCAGCCGCUGCCGCUGCUGCCAAUGGACAAAAGUCGCCUACUGAUCAAUCGUCCGAAGAGAGAUCGCCAGUGGAGUCCCGCAAUGAUCCAUCUUCCGCCAUUUCCAUGACAAACGAAAAUGUUGAAUUCCCACGACAUACACCAUCUAGGUCUUUAAGUCUUAACACAGCCGCCGUUGAAAAGCCUUCAGCUCGAGAAUUGAUGAAAGGAAGAAUUCGUGCCGGUAGUCUCGAAAGCCUCACAGAAGUACCAUCCCAAGGACAUCCGCCCCACGUUAGCCGCGCAGACGUCGAUCAAAUCGGCAGUCCUGGGUCCCUGAAUUUACAUGGCUAUUCAAGCAUGCACGGUUACCGCUCUACUUUAAAUCCCCACAUGAUGAACGGCAGUGGCAGUCAUGCAAACUUUAACACGUCGCAGACCGGUUAUUCAGAUCUACCCUAUGCUAUACAGGGCCAAAGCCCGCCUAAUUUUACGGGUAAUACCCAAGGUCAGUUUCGUUUAGCCGAAAGCCCUUUGACCGGUUUUCCUAUGGGCUCUGAGGCCCCUUCACCCGGUGGGUGGAUGUCAUUACCCUCUCCUUCAAACCAGUACCAACACGUGACACAUCAGAACUUCAAUGCGCCUCUACGAUAUCCCGUGCUACAGCCAUUGGUACCUCACCUUGGCAGUAUCAUCCCCAUACCUUUAGCUUGUGAUUUACUCGAAUUAUAUUUCGCAAGCUCGUCAUCAGCUUUGAUGCACCCUACCUCUCCUUAUAUUCUCGGUUACGUCUUUCGCAAACACUCGAUACUUCACCCCACGAAACCUCGGCAAUGUACGCCUGCCUUACUUGCUAGCAUUUUAUGGGUUGUGGCACAAACUAGUGACGCAGCUUUUCUAACAGCCAGUCCAUCAUCUCGUGGACGAAUUUGUCAAAAGUUACUCGAACUUACUGUCGGUCUCCUUAAACCUCUUAUUCAUGGAACGUCCGGAAGCAACGAAUCUGCUUCCAAUUUUUCUAAUACUGUCAUUAAUGGCGUGGCGCUGGGUGGUCUUGGUGUAGCGAUGCCCGGUUCGGUAUCUACAGAUGCACUGAAUGAAACAGGUGCUUUUGGUGCAGCGGGAACUCUUGACGAUGUUAUAACUUAUAUUCAUCUCGCCACUGUCGUUUCCGCUAGUGAGUACAAAGGAGCGAGCCUGCGUUGGUGGAAUGCGGCUUGGUCAUUGGCUCGUGAACUUAAAUUAGGAAGGGAAUUACCCCACCAUCCAGCACCAAUGGCUCCAGAACAACCAAAUGAAGGAGCCAAUGAUGUGGAUGCUGACGGAGAAGAUGAUGAUGAAUUACCUCGAACUCCAGGAUCGAUAACCGAAGAAGAGAGAGAAGAAAGGAGAAGGAUAUGGUGGCUUUGUUAUACCGUGGACAGGCACCUCGCAUUAUGUUACAACAGGCCACUCUUUCUGUUAGAUAUAGAAUGUGAUGGUCUUCUCCAGCCAAUGGAUGAUGCAUUAUGGCAGGCUGGAGAAUACUAUACUGGUGAUUCAAGCAUUCAUAUUACUUCCCCUUCGGGCACUCAUCGUAUACGGACGCGCGGACCUAACUUUGAGUGUACUGGACAUAGUAUAUUCGGAUACUUCCUACCCCUAAUGACGAUCCUCGGCGAGAUCGUAGAUCUCUACCACGCCAAAAACCAUCCUCGAUUCGGCAUUGGCUUUCGUUCUGCUCGCGAGUGGGAUGAUCAUGCUAAUGAAAUCGCAAAACAACUCGAUGCCUAUGGUCAAAGUCUACGAAAUUUCGAAUCCGAACAAAUUCCUCCCUUGCCGGAUGAUCAAACUGAAAACAUGGAAGGCAACAAUUCAUCCUCUUCACCAAAUAAAACUCUCGAACGCAACGAUGCCGGCUCUCCUUCAGUUCAUUCAGUUCACACCGUAUCCUCAAGUCACGUCUCCGAAGCCAAUAUCCAAACGCGGAUUGUGGUGGCUUAUGGUACACAUGUCAUGCAUGUUCUUCACAUCUUAUUAACGGGAAAAUGGGACCCAAUUUCUUUACUUGACGAUAACGACCUAUGGAUCUCGUCGCAAAGUUUCAUCAACGCGACAGGUCAUGCUGUUAGUGCAGCAGAAGCCAUAAAUAACAUUUUGGAAUAUGAUCCCGGGUUGGAGUUUAUGCCGUUUUUCUUUGGUGUGUAUUUGUUGCAGGGUAGCUUUCUGUUGUUACUCAUUGCCGAUAAACUUCAGGUCGAAGCAUCACCCAGCGUGGUAAAAGCCUGUGAAACCAUCGUCCGAGCCCACGAAGCCUGUGUCGCGACGCUGAAUACAGAAUACCAGCGCAAUUUCCGCAAAGUAAUGCGCUCAGCACUCGCACAGGUGCGCGGCCGUAUCCCAGAAGACUUCAACGAGCAACAGUUGAAACGGAGAGAAGUGCUCUCUCUAUAUCGUUGGACGGGCGAUGGAACGGGUUUAGCUUUAUGAUUUUUUCCUUGCUUCUUCUUUUCUCUCUCUCUCUUGAUGUGUUUGCGCUUUUACUUUCUCACAGUGCGCGAUGAAUUGGACGGAAUGGGACGGGACGGGAUAGGCAGGGAAGGCAAGGGAUGGAUAUCGGACUGGGAACAUGAAUAUGAAUAUGGAUCUUGGAGACCCCCUACUGGAAACCUGAAAAUGGAACGGGCAAGAAAAGAAACGGAAAGGAAAGGAAAGGAAAUUCAUGAAAUGGACAGGAAAUCACGACAUGGCAUUCAAAGAAAACAGAGAUUUGAUGACCUGGAGUUGGAUGUGUGUGUGUGUUUUUUAUAUACAUAAAUCUUACUCGAUGCAGAUAUAUAUAUGAUCUUUUCUGGUGUUUAUGAUUCAAAUGUAUAUAUAUACUAUGUAAAAUCCUUUCCUGCCUAUUUUCACUUUGUAUCUGCGUUGGAUUUUGAAAUUGAGA